AUGGUGACCGGACGGCUGAUAGGAGCUGUGCUAUCGCAACAAUGGAGCUUGCUUUUCUCGGUUGCAGCGCUCGUGGCUCUAUGGUGGGCCUGGCGGGUGCUGGAGCUGGCCUGGAUCACCCCGCGGAGGCUGGCCCGAGCGCUACAAGCCCAGGGCCUCCGCGGCAGGGCGUACCGCUUCCCGCUCGGCGAUCUACAGGAGUUUUCCCGGCUGGUCGCCGUGGCCCGGUCGGAGCCCAUGCUGCCGCCGUCACAUGAUAUCACAGCACGGGUGGCCCCUCUGUACCACAGCGUCAUCAAGGAGCACGGGAAGAUUUCUGUGACCUGGUUCGGCCCGACGCCGAGGGUGAUCGUGAACGACCCUAAACUGGUGAGGGAGAUCCUAGCCAACAAGUCCGGGCACUUCCGGAAGCGCAAGUUCAGCAAUGGCAUCGUCAGGCGGCUGGCCAAUGGGCUGGUGAGCCACGACGGCGAGAAAUGGGCCGCCCACCGGAAGAUCAUCAACCCCGCGUUCCAUCUCGAGAAACUCAAGAAAAUGAUGCCCGCUUUCGUCGCCUGCUGCAACGAGCUGGUGACUAGGUGGGAUGAUCACGUGGGAUCCGGCGAGGCCAAGGAGAUAGACGUGUGGCCGGAGUUCCAGAACCUCACCGGCGACGUGAUCUCCCGUGCGGCAUUCGGCAGCAGCUUCAGCGAAGGGAGGAGGAUUUUCCAGAUACAGUCGGAGCAGGCCCAGAACGUGGUGAAGAUGCUGAACACCCUGUACCUCCCAGGUUUCAAGUUCUUGCCGAUGCAACUCAACCGACGGGUGAAGGCGAACGCGCGCGAGGUCGAGUCGCUGCUGAAAGGCAUAAUCGGCAAGAGAGAAAAGGCCAUGAGAGAAGGCAGCGCCAGCAACGAGGACCUGCUGGGCGUGCUGAUGGAGAGCAACGCCGCGGAGACCAAGGAGGCCGGGAGCUCCAGGCCCAUCAUGACCAUGGACGACAUCAUCGGGGAGCUCAAGCUCUUCUACUUCGCCGGAAUGGACACCACCGCCGUGCUGCUCACCUGGACGCUGGUCGCGCUGAGCAUGCAUCCCGAGUGGCAGCACCGCGCGAGGGAGGAGGUCCUGCGCAUCUUCGGGAAGGAGGACCAGCCGGACCUGGACGGCAUAAACCAACUCAAAGUGGUGGCCAUGGUGUUGUACGAGGUCCUCAGGCUGUACCCGCCGGUGAUCCAGUUCGACCGGCAGACGUACACGGAGGUGGAGCUGGGUGGCGUCAGGUACCCGGCCGGCGUGAUCCUCUCGCUGCCGAUCGUGUUCCUUCACCAUGACCCGGAUGUCUGGGGACAGGACGCCGACGAGUUCAGGCCGGAGAGGUUCGCGGAGGGUGUCUCCAAGGCGUCCAGGAGCUCGUCGCCGGCGUUCUUUCCGUUUGGCUGGGGCCCGCGGGUCUGCGUCGGCCAGAACUUCGCGCUCAUCGAAGCAAAGAUGGCGCUGAGCAGGAUCCUGCAGCGCUUCGAGUUCGGGCUGUCACCGUCCUACAGGCACGCCCCGUUCCCGGUCUCCACCCUGCAGCCUGAUCAUGGCGCGCUGCUCGUGCUCAAGAAACUCUAG